AUGUCAGCAGCUGCCGGUCCUAUUAUGCAACAGCUCGCUGCUCUGCCAGCUCGCUCUCGGCAGGGUUUGAAUAACCUGAGACAGAGACUCUUCCAGCAGGGUGAGAAGCCAAAGAAGGAAGGCCAACUCCUUCGCACCUCGCUGAAUGUCCAUCGACCUGUCUGGAUCACUGCUGGUGGCGGCGCUUACACCAGUCUCGCAGCAGUCUAUCUUACUAUGCGCUAUCUGAAGCAUGUUAGAUGA